GACAAAGCUCGGAAAAUUGGGCCGGCCGGCUACAGAGUUGAUGCAGGAAGCGCUGAAGAAGGCGCUGACGUCGGCCGGCCUGGUCAUGGAGGAGUUAGACGGUCUCAUUGCCGUCCCUUCACUGUCCGAUCCGCACUUCAUGGAAGCCCAUAACUUAGCGACGCAGGUGGGCCUUCUUCCCAGACCUGCUGUGCGUGUGCGCACCAUCGACACCGGCGGUGCGGGACCAGUGAGCGGGCUGCUUGAGGCCGUUCGCAUGGUGAAGGACGAGCGCUGCCAAGCCGUCGCAGUCGUUGCAGGCGACGCCGUGUCCUCCCUGAACACGGAAGAGUUCCUCCGGCGGGCGGAUCAGGGAUGCCGCGAUCCGACCGGGACGCUGCCAUCUCCCUGCAUACCGCACGGCUACGACCAAUACGCCAGGUGGCAAAUUGCACGGGGCAGCGUCACGCGCGAACAGCUGGCAAUGGUCUCAGUGCUGAUGUCGAGGCAAGCUGCACGUCAUCCCUUGGCCUUGACGCGGAUGCCGCGAACCCUGGAGGAGGUCCUCAACUCCAGGAAGAUCGCCCCGGCGACGAACCUUUUAGAAUGUGCCAGGCGAGCCGAUGGCGGCGCUGCCAUCAUCGUCGCCAACAGUGCCUUCAUGGACGAACACUUGGGUCACGACGCAGUAAGCAGCCCGGAUGGCGUGGUCGGAGAAAGACUUGGCCCGAUGGGUGCAACAGGCGGCAUCGUGGUCCUGGGUGGCGGAGAAGCUUCUGGACCGCUUUUCCCGCCGCCUCAAAUCGACGACCGGGUUUUCAGCUGCGAGGCUGCUGCGAGGGCGGCUUUUUCCGAG